AUGACAUCAAAAAGCCAGCGAUGGCGGGGACAGAAAAAAAGUGUAGAAAUAGACGUGGAAAAUGACAACCUAGAUAUUGAGAAACGUUAUGCAGUUAGCGAUCCACAUAAAAGCCGUACACUAUCAUCAUCAAGUGAUAGUUCUGAAGUUUCGUCGUGUUCCUCAACUGUUUCAGAUGCCAAUCGGGUAAACGUAGCAGACAAACCCUCAUUGGUUGGAUCACCUGUACAUGGUGAUGAUAUAAACAUGGAUGUUGGUAAAGAAUUGAAUAGUACGCAAGAAAUGAGCUAUGGUAGUGAUGAUUCAUCAAGUGAAGAAGAAAGAUAUGAAUUAGAGAGUGAUGAUGAAGGUCGAGAGAAAAACGAUGGUGGUGGUGUUGAUUCGAAAUCGAAGAAAGAAUGCAGUUUACAAGACAUAUGUAAAAUGUUAGGUGUAUUAAAAUUUCGUCAUGGUUUAACAGAUGUUGCAUUAAAGGAUUUAAUUAAUUACACAUCUAUCAUUAGACCUGAUUUGAACAUUAAAUCAUUAUAUAAGAUGAAAAAAGAAAUAACAAAUGCUUGUCCAAAUGAUAUUGAUAAAACUACACUAAAAAUGUGUCCACAAUUUAUUCAAAUACCAAUAUGUUUUCAUGUGUUAGAUGUUGCACAACAAAUACAAUUAAUGUUUAAAAGAAAAGAUUUUUUUCAACAUGUCUCAAGACCAACAUUUGAUGAUGAUCUUUCUGAUAUUGUUACAUCAGAAGAAUAUAAAAAUGGAAUUGGUGUUGAACGAGCAUCAUCAUCCAGUGACAUAGUUAUAUCAUUACAGUUUCAUUGUGAUGGUGUUUCUGUAUAUGAUAUUAAUAAUCAGUUAUCUGUAUGGCCAUUUUACAUGGUUGUUAAUGAAAUGCCAUUGAAGUAUCGUUUCGAAUUAUCUAAUUUGAUAUUAUUCACUUGUUGGCCAGCAGAUAUAAAAUUAGACAGGCAACGAAUGCAAAUACUAUUAAACAAAAUGGUGGAAAUGAUGCUUCCAUACGAACAUGGAAUAACAUUGGUUAAUCCAGAUGGCAUGAGUAUUAAAGUAUGUAGGUGAGCACUUCUAAGAUCGAGUUCUAUAAGUUAAUACUCUGCUACGAGCGUACUAAGCAGCAACAGGCAUAACCUUGAUAAAAUAUCUCUCACCAAGAGCGAUGUGAGAAAGUAAAAUGAUACUAGGCAAAAGCCAAUAAAAAACUAUACACCACUAAUUCUAUAAGCU